AUGAAGUCACUUCUUUCGCUGGCAAUCUUGCCACUAGCAUUAAUUGCCCGUACUAGUGCCGCCUCCAAUUGUCGAUGCAUGCCAAGCGACGCCUGCUGGCCCUCGAAUAACGCUUGGGCUUCCUUCAACAAGACCGUUGAUGGUACCCUCAUCAAGACCGUGCCCAUUGGAACACCAUGUCACGAUCCCACAUACGACGCUGAUGCUUGCGCAGCCUUGCAGGACGCUUGGUCAUUGCCACAGACUCACAUCGAGUCAUCGUCCUCGGUAAUGCAACAAUUCUUUGCCAAUCAGAGCUGCGAUCCAUUCUUGGCACAGAGCCGUCCUUGUCUUAUUGGAAAUUAUCCCAGCUACGCUGUCAAGGUCUCCAACGCGCGGCAAGUCGCGGCUGCUGUCCGCUUUGCCAACGACAACAACAUCCGUUUGGUCGUUCGUAACACAGCACACGACUACUUUGGCCGCUCUACAGGUGCAGCCUCACUUGCUAUCUGGACGCACCAUCUCAAGACCAAGGAAGUCAUCCAAUGGUCCGACAAGCUCUACUCCGGCCCUGCGUUUAAACUGGGCGCAGGUAUCCAAGGCGCCGAAGCUGUCGAGUUUGCUAACUCCAAGGGUCUCACAGGUGUUCCUGGCGAGUGUCCUACUGUUGGUCUGGCUGGCUUCACCCUCGGCGGCGGACAUUCUCCACUGAGCACCAGCUUCGGUCUUGGCGCCGAUAACACCUUGGAGUUCGAAGUCGUCACUGCCGCAGGCCGUAUCAUUCGUGCCUCUGCCAAGGAGAACAGUGAUCUAUACUGGGCUCUGAGCGGUGGCGGCGCUGGAAAUUUUGCCGUCGUGACAUCCAUGACUGUUCGCGCUCACAAGACAACCACCAUCGGUGGUGCUACUUUGACUCUGGGCGCAGGUACAGAUAAGGAUGUGUACUAUGCUGCUCUAGCCAAGUUCCAUGAGCUUCUGCCUGCCAUGAUCGAUCAUGGUCCUACCGUCGUUUACCUAGUGACUGCUGCUGGUCUUUCCAUCAAGCCUGUUACUCUUGCCAACUCGACGGGUGACUAUGUUCGUGACAAGGUUCUUGCUCCUUUCACAGACUACCUUACCAAGAAUGGUCUGAAGCACACUGUAUCUUAUACCACAUUGGGUUUCCGAGACCAUUAUGACCUCUACAACGGGCCUCUUCCCAAUGGUCACAUCGACUCGUCUCAAUUCCAGUACGGUGGUCGCCUGAUUCCUCGAUCUGUUCUUGAGAACGACAAUGCCGCUUUCGGCAAGGUCAUUCGCAGCCUUUUGUCCAGCGGUCUCGUCAUGGCUGGUAGCAGCGGCACCUUCAAGGCACCUCUGGGUGUAUCAAAUGCUGUUCUCCCUGCAUGGCGCAAGGCCAUCAUGUCCAUGCAAAUGGGCACUCUCUGGGACUCUACUCGUUGGGAGGACAUGCUUGCGGACCAGAAGAAGAUCACCGAGGUUUACAUGCCUCAGAUUAUCGCCGUGACUCCCGGUAGUGGAACGUACAUGAACGAGGCCGACUUCAACCAGCCCGACUGGCAAGAGACCUUUUAUGGCACCAACUGGGAUCGUCUUAUGACUAUCAAGAAGAAGUGGGACCCCAAGUCGUUGUUCUACAACUGGCGAGGUGUUAACAGUGAGGUUUGGAAUGUCGCAAAGGAUGGCCGUAUGUGCAGGGUCUGA